CCCCUUGUUCCCUGGCCCCUGUAGCUUGUGCUUGUGUAGUGUUGUAGGUGGGGAGAGAACCCAUGUCUUCCCCCCCUCCAGUGUAGCCGAGAGAGGGCCACUUGCUGGGGGAUGUUUAGGAAACCUCGGGAGGAAAAACAGAGAAAUGUGAUGGGGCGCACCAGUCGUGUGGUGGUGGCGGGGGCCCGACAGUGUGGCAAGACCUCCAUACUUGAGAAGGCCAUCUAUGCAAACUCAACAGCUGAAAAGCAGUACAUCCCCACGGUGGAGGACACCUAUGUGGGCAUUGUGGAGACGGAGCGAGGGACACGGGAGAAGCUGCGGUUCUAUGACACAGCAGGUCUGGACGCCCAGCACCGCAACCUGCCGCAGCACUACCACGCCCUGGCUGAUGGCUACGUGCUGGUGUACAGUGUGACAGACAGCCUCUCCUUCCAGCUCCUCACUGACAUGAAGAAGGACAUAGACCGCCACAAGGAGAAGAAAGAUGUCCCCAUCAUCAUCCUGGGCAACAAGAGUGACCUGGCAGGCAGCAGCGGCGGGGUGGAUGAAGCAACAGCUGAGCGGUGGGCAGCGGGGGAGCGGCUGAGGGUGUGGCAGGUAAACACAGUGGACCGCAACCUGCUGCUGGAGCCGUUCAUGAACCUUGCCUCCCGUCUCAACCCGCAGCCCAACAAGACCUCCUUCCCUCAGCUUCAUAUGGGCCGCAAGAACAAGGACUGAGGCAGCCAUGGAAGUGAGGGACAUGCGGCCUUCAGGGAUCAUUUGGACUUGGUUAUUUCAAUUUAAAUUUCGUGCAGGUCAUAUUUUUCUCCUUGUAAUUUAUAAUACUUGCUUUAUCCUCCAAAAUACUUCUUCAUUUCCAGGGAAAUUGGGUAUUAUGUUAUUGGUGGUAUCUUGUUUGUAAUUAUCAAGUUGAAGAAUUAUGAGUGAUGGAUAAAUCAAGGACAGACACUGCAAGCAUGUACAGUACAGCAAUAUUGCCAUUCAUCAUCCUUGAGGGAUUUAGGGUUGUAGCUUGUCAGUAUCUUGUCUUUGGUAACAAGUGGUUGUUAUUGGCAACACUAGUCUGCUGCCACUGUUGCAUUCCAAAAUGUGAAAUUAUAGGUGAUGUGCCUUUGCAGUGGAUGAUCUGACCACAUAGUACAAGUUGACUUAUUUAUUUUUACACAGGUUCCUCCCUACUAAGUACUUUUAAGUAUUGUAAAAAUUUAUGACCAAAUCAGUAAAGUUGCCAAAUUUUAUUAAGGUGCCACUUUUGAUGAUAAAUGCACAAGUCAUCCACAUUCUGCCACAAAACUCCAUAUAAAAGGUAAAGCUGUAUUAUUCAGUUGUCAUAAACACAGGGCACUCUUCCCUGAGAAGAGAUUAGUAAUGUGGAAGUUUAGGCAGAAGAUUUAGUACCUAUAUAGUGGAUAAAUUUUAGUGUUAACUAAAAAUUAUUUAAUAUAUCAUUGUGAAAGAAAUUAGGGUGCUAUAUAUCAACAAACAUAUAUACAUACCCUCUAAGAAAGAAAAUGUGCUCAUCAAAUUAUUGUAGGUGCCCACAUAUAUUGCUGGAAGCCAGCAUCUACCUAAGAGAAUGUUCAGAUUGUACUGAGAUCCCUGUAGACUUAGAUGUCAGAAAUCCUUCGUGCAACUGUACUGCGUCUGCAGGUCCCCCAAGCAGGCCAGUCAGCAACCUUUACAUUCCUAGGGCCUCAUCUUCUUGGGUAGAAUGGAAUCGAUUCUUUCAUCAAGUAACCUUCAUAUAUAAUUUGAAAGUAAUAACAAGGUAAUCCUGUUGGUCUGUGUGAAGUUUGACCAAUCAAAACCAACCAUUGACAACAUUGCUGUCAUAAUUUGUGGAAUAGCUUUCAAUUCCCCCACCAGUACCUGGCAGACACAUUAUUAGUCCUGAGAUAAAGGAUACUUGACCCAUUUUGUAUUUAACAUGGACAUUUUAGCUAAUAUAAAAUCAUUUCCUUUUCUCAAAGGGGACAAUUUUAUUGUAACCUUUUUGGUCUGUUGUAGCUAAUAAAUGUGAAAAUUUC